CCCUCAAUCUGCGGGUUCCGAGUGUCGUUUGAGCGACGCGCCGUUUACCCUAUAUAAAGUAAUAGAAGACGCCGGAAUACACAACCCUAAAGAUGGUUUUGUUUUAAUUUGUGAGGUGAACGGAGCUUUUUAAAGCUCUUCUAGCCGAGUUAUUUUUAUUUAUCCGAAAGACAAUAGAGAGUUUCUUUCAGACUGCAGCUAAAGGAAGCAGAGAAACCCCGACGUAACGAAGAAAUUACCAAUGAAGUGCGACAAUUGUACGAAAACGGAGUGUAACAAGAAGCAGAAGAAUGACGAGAACCAAGCUUCAGCCAGCAGCGAGUUUGCUAAGGGUGACGAGAAUGCAGAAGAGAAAAGUGAGUUUCAUAAGCUAGCUAGUGAGCGGGUGUUUCUCAGUGACUGUUUGGCUUGUGAUAAGUGCGUCACAGAUGAAGAAAGCCAACAUAUUUAUCAGCAGAAUGAAAGAGAACUUUUCAAUAUCCUCAGCCUAAAUAAGAAAUGUGAUACCUCAAAACACAAAGUGCUGGUAGCCUCGUUGUGUCCACAAUCUCUGCCUUACUUUGCAGCCAAAUUUAAGGUUGGCAUUGCGGAGGCAGCUAGAAAACUCUGCGGUUUUCUCAAAUGUUUAGGGAUUCAGUACGUUUUUGAUGGAACUCUCGCUUCAGACUUCAGUGUCAUAGAGAGCCAGCAGGAAUUUGUUCACCGAUACCGUCGACAUAAUCAGGAUCCAAAUGCUCUACCCAUGUUUACAUCUGCAUGUCCUGGUUGGAUACGGUAUGCAGAACGGAUCCUUGGAAACCUGGUAACGCCACACAUCUGUACAUCCAAGUCCCCACCACAGAUCAUGGGUUCAUUGGUUAAGGACUUUUUUGCUAAGCAGCAGAAUCUUCCGCCUGAUAAGGUGUACCAUUUGGUUGUGGCCCCCUGUUUUGAUAAGAAGCUAGAAGCCUUGCGGGAGGAGUUUUACAAAAGCUUGUUGCACACAAAGGAUGUGGACUGUGUGCUGACCUCAGGAGAAAUUAUUCAAAUAAUGGAAAAAAGGAAUACUUCCGUGGACGAGCUAGACUCCGUCGCUUUAGAUCAUAUCUUUGGUGAAGAAGGAGAGUUGGAUAUCGCAAGGCAUGAAGGCAGGGGCUCAGAAGGCUUCCUGGAGCACAUCUUUAAAUUUUCUGCAAAGGAGCUCUUUGGGCUGGAGGUGGAAGAGAUUGUUUAUCGCACACUUAAAAACCGUGACUUUCAGGAGGUGAUACUUGAAAAAGAUGGUGAGGUGCUCUUACAGUUUGCUGCUGUUUAUGGUUUCCGGAAUAUUCAGAAUAUGAUUCAGAAAUUGAAGAAAGGCAAAUUCCCAUAUCAGCUUGUGGAGGUGCUCGCCUGUUCUGGAGGCUGUCUCAGUGGGAAAGGCCAAGCUCAGUCAACAAAUGGGAAGCCUGAUAAAGCCUUGCUACAGCAAAUGGAAGAGGUGUACACUAGUCUCCCGGUGAGACUGCCAGAAAAAAAUGCAACUGUACAGAAGCUCUACCAGGACUGGCUGGAAGGCAUUGACUCUCAAAAGGCCCAGGAGGCACUACAUACUCAAUACAGGGCAGAAAAUCUGACCAGCAGUACUUUGGAUUACAAAUGGUAGCUGUUCUGAAGCACUGGAGGUGGAAGGCAAAGUUCCAAGGCUUCAGCCGCUUUCUGAAAAGGCAAAUCCUGGAAGCUGAGUGAAGCAAAGCAGAGUACAGCACUGUGAUUCCACAAACCUUUGACUGGAAUGCUCUUCAGAGGAACAUGCUUGACAAUUAUUUUUUUUGAUCUGCCAUCGUUGCUGAGAAAAUGAAUUUGAAAUGAUGGUACCGUACUAGCAAUACCACAUCCAAAUUUCCUGUGUACCCCAUUCAUACUUUAAGUUCCAGUAACCUGGGAAUUGUUAAAUGCAUGACAAUGUGUUAAAAUGCUGGUGGGCUUAAGUGCUUUGGAUGAAUGACAGCUUUUACUCUACUCCAUGAGGUCCAUGUUUUAAGCUCCAAGGCUAGUGCCCUAACUCUGUCUGUCUGUGUGUGUGUAAUUCUUCUGUUUUUACUGGUGCCUAAAUUUUAUACUUUUGACUACAGAAAUUGCUAAAUUAUAAAAGCUGUAAUCAAAAUGUAUCAACUUGCCGAUGAGAAUCCUAUAUGCAGUCACUUUUGUAUCUGCAAGUUAUUAUCUGCCAGAUAAUAAAUGCGGCUUCCUCGCGGCAGAUGAGUUCAGAGGGUGUGUUUUUAAAAUGCACACAGCCAUAGGCACUGUGUGAUGAUGUGUUGCUGUAGCGUCCCACUCAUGGCUGAAGGCCUUUUUCUUGCCUUCAUUGAUCGCUGCUUGGUAAAUACGUAGGAUAGCAUUUGACUGAAACUAUACAAUGGAUUUCACUGUGGUGUUUGUGACGGAAAACUCUUUAGCUCAUAUAGUCAGUCUGCUCAUGCGGUAAAUGGGGAAUGAACCUGAUUUAGAGUCGGUGCUUCACCUAGAUACUGCCCCCCCACUUCACAUCUGCUAAAAAUGCAUUGUGAAGAAAUGGAAAGUUGUGAAUCUGCUCAAACUGUGAACACUUGACAUUAAACUGUAAUAGCCUACUAGUCCGGUUGCUCUCUGAAUCGUACGCAGGCUUUUUUUCACUGUUCAUGUCACCGAUUUUCGUGCCGGCCAUUAAUCUGGGGCUGCAAGUAAAGUUGACGAAUGGCAUCAGCAUAAACGGGAAGAGCGCAAAGAAUUUUACUGAGGAGUGGACUCGCGUUUCCUUUGCUGAUGCAGGAAUUGUUCCAUAAAUGAGUCGAGUUGAUGGACAAGGGUUGCACUAUCAGUUGUGCCAGUGCAAAGGCGGAGAAUCUUUUUUUUUUUUUUUAUUUAAAGUUUUACAUUGGGCUUGUACUGUGUACCUACAGCAUGGGCCGAGCUUGAUUUGAGUCCAGAUUUUUCUGAACCACUGACCAAACCGUUGGUUCUGUCUAGACAGCUAAAAGUAGCCAAAGGGGCUACUGUGUCUGGUGACAGCAGCUACUGUGGAGAAAUGUUUAGUCUCAAGCUUUACAGAAUUUUACUCUGAUAUUUUAAGGGUAGACUGAAAAAUGAUGUAAUGCCCCAGUGCUGUCUAAGGUCAUUUAAACAUUGUAUGUUAAAGGAAUUAACUUUUAAGCCUAUGAUGGGAUCUGGGAGAUUGGUUGUGUGUGUAAAUGAUUUCUGUCACUCAGCCACUUAUUCCAGGCUGGAGAGCAGGAUGCUCGAGACACCCAUCCAUCCACAUUCUGAUUUUUAAGAAAACAUCUUUUUUUUUUUUUUUUUUUUUUCCUUCUAAUAUUUGCCCUGUCAUUUUUAACGUGAGUGAGCCCUAGUGUUCCUGACUUAUAAGUCUUGCCCUAAAAUGUAUUUCUUGUUAUGCCUUUUUGAAUGUAUUGAAGGUGAGUUAAAAGGCCAGGUUGAACUAUGGUGGGGUGGGGUGGGGUGGGGGUCCGUUUCAACACUUUCUGUCCUUCCUUUUUGAAUAUUGAACAUUUUGAGUUCAGGUGAGCUUGGGGGGGGUGGAGUGUCCAACUUGGCAGGUCCCAGUGCAGGUUGUGUUAAUUGUGGACUGGGAAUUGACCCUUUGAGCUCCACUUGUGCACUCCCAUUGUGAUUUCUGCAGAUGGUGGUCGGUCACCUUCUGCCUAUAAUAACACACCUGCUUAACAUAUCAAAAAUGAAAGCACUUGUUCCUCCAGUCCAAAAAGUUUUGUUUUUAUGUAACCAGCAUUGUUUGAGCAAAGUCUGUAUUUAAAAAAAAUAAAUAAAUAAAUAUGAAAAAAAAUUCUUCAAUUAUAAUAAAAAGAAA